GGCAACCGCGCUCCUCCCGCCGCCAUGGCGGAGCCGCAGGCCGGGCCGGUUUCUUCGUCGGCAGCGGUGGCGGGACCGCCAAAGCCCCAUCCUAAAAGAGUGCCGGAGAUACCCAUGCUAGAGAGGAGGAACUGGUUCAUCUAUCUGCUGUACGUUCGCAGAGAGUACAACGAGUGCAAGGCUGUCAUCAAAGAGCAGCUCCAGGAGUCCCAUGGGAGGUGUGAAUAUGCUGUCUACGUUCAAGCUUUGAUAUUUCGCUUGGAGGGGAAAAUUCAAGAAUCUCUUGAACUGUUUCAGACAUGUUCCAUUCUGAACCCUCGAAGUGCUGACAACCUGAAGCAGGUGGCGCGAUCGCUGUUUCUUCUGGGGAAACACAAGGCUGCCAUUGAGGUGUACAACGAAGCAGCUAAACUUGAUGAAAAGGACUGGGAGAUCAGCCACAACCUGGGUGUGUGCUACAUGUACCUGAAACAUUUCAACAAGGCACGAGACCAGCUAAACAAUGCCCUGGAGAUGAACAGACAUGAUCUGACUUACAUGAUGCUGGGAAAAAUUCACCUCUUGGAGGGGGAGACUGAGAAAGCCAUCGAAGUCUAUAAGAAAGCAAUAGAAUUUUCUCCAGAAAAUACGGAGCUCCUUACGAAACUGGGGUUAAUUUACUUGCAGCUUGGCGAUUACCAGAAGGCUUUUGAACACCUUGGAAAGGCACUCACUUAUGACCAGGGCAACUACAAGGCUACGUUGGCAGCUGGCAGCAUGAUGCAGGCCCAUGGAGAUUAUGACGUUGCCCUGUCCAAAUACAGGGCAGUGGCCAGCAGCAUGCCUGAAAGCCCUCCCUUGUGGAACAACAUUGGGAUGUGCUUCUUUGGCAAGAAGAAAUACGUCGCUGCUAUCAGUUGCUUGAAGCGGGCGAACUACCUGGCUCCUUUUGACUGGAAGAUUCUGUACAAUUUGGGCUUAGUCCACCUCACAAUGCAGCAGUACGCAUCUGCUUUCCACUUCCUCAGUGCUGCCAUCAACUUCCAGCCCAAGAUGGGAGAGCUGUAUAUGCUCCUUGCAGUUGCUCUGACAAACCUUGAAGACAUUGAGAAUGCAAAACGUUCCUAUGAGCAAGCUGUGGCACUGGACAGGUGCAAUCCCCUUGUCAACCUGAACUAUGCCGUGCUGCUGUAUAACCACGGCGACAAGCAGGGGGCCCUCUGCCAGUACCAGGAGAUGGAGAAGAAGGUCGUUGCACUGAAGGAGAGCAGCACUCUGGAUUUUGACCCCGAGAUGGUGGAGGUUGCCCAAAAGAUGGGAACUGCCCUGCAGGUCGGGGAGAGCCAAGUCUGGACGAGGCCUGCUAAAGAGUCUAAAUCCAAGCAGCGAGCUGCUCCGUCAGGGAAGCCAUUGGGCUCCAACCAGGCCUUGGGUCAAGCCAUGUCCUCAGCUGCUGGCUAUGGGAAAAGCAUGCAGCUUCCAUCAGGUGCCGGAGCAAAGCUUCCCUCACUGCCCCUGGAACCAGAGCCAGGCCCACAGCCAGGCCCAGAGGUGACCUCAGCGCCAGCAGAGGCCGAGGAGCAGCGGCAGGAGAAGCACAAGAGCCGUCAGGCCGCAGAGUAGGAUGGGCAGGCGUGGGCCUGACCUGCGGGGCAGGGGACCCGGCCUCCUGUGACCUGGAGUGGCUUCAUCCCGCUGUCAGUUAGCGUAGAGGUGGCGUUUCUGUCAGUGAUUUUAGCACGAGGUCUCUGCCUGGUCCCGGGAGUCACUGAGGCAAUCAGCAGAGGACACUGCAUGGCUGCUGCGAGUGCAGUCACACCUUGCUUCCUCAGGAGUGGGGAGGAUGGCGGCUCAGCAGGGAGUGUGCAGCAGCACAGAAGUCAGCCAGUCCUAAAUUCCAAAUUCUUUGCUGAGAAACAGGGUGAAUGAGGCUCAGUGAAGCCCUGUGCUCCUGUGAUUGGAGUUGUUCCUUUAGAAUUAGUAUUGCCCAACAUGGGGGAAAGGUUGGUUUCCGGGGAAAAUAAAGAUCUUUUCUGAGAAGGCUUGCCAUGGUCAGCUGCAGUGCUGAAUUUCUUUCAGUAAAGCUGCAGCCGUGCUCUGAAGAACGGAGUUAUGUCCUCCUUGUGAGAUUUUCAGGAGAUUCAGUUCUGCGAGCUGCAAGAAGGCAAAGUAGCCCCGUGGUGAGCAGAGCAAGAGAUCUUAAUGCCCCUGUGCUACUGAGAUGUUGGAGAAACGUCUUUAUUCUCAAAGAGAAAAAUCUUAGCCUUCCUUUCUCCGCUCCUGUCAGUUUUUUGCAUCUGGGAUUUAUCCAGAGCUUGACACAGGCCCUCAAAACAACUGUGCUGGGGAACUAAGCUGAGCCUGUCAUGCUUUAUAUAAGGAACCAGUAACUGGGUUAAGUAAGUGUAGUUUUCACUCUUCCUCCCCUCUGCAUAGAGUUGUGCUGCUGUGGGACUUGGGAUUUUGCUUUUCCAAGCAGAAAGUGCAGCACUUUCAGCCCAAAGAAGCUGUAGCUUCAGGAAGGCUCAGCUCAUAUGCUAAUAAGCCUGAUGAGCUUUUAAAAAUAAGCUCCUGUUUUUUUUCAUGGUUUCAUAAUCGACACAUCCAGUGGAGUGAGGUUUGUAAUGGAAACCUCCUGCAGCAGCCUGCAAAAGCAGCAUGACCACGGCCCUGGAUACCUUAAUGUCCUCCAGCAGCUCUUUCUGGCCAGCUGCUUUUAUCCAGAGCGAUGUUGAUGUGUUUUUAGAGUGCAGCAGGGACCCAAAGUGUUGCCCUGCUCCCCAGGGGCCACUCAAAGUAGGAUCCCUUUGCUUUGUCUGUUUUGAUUGCCAAAACUACCUGCUUACCUCAAAUGUGGCUUCUUUUUGUUUCAUCUGUCCUCUGCUGGUUGGCUUUUUAUCAGUCCAUCCCUGCAGCAGCACUCCUUUAAUGCUUUCCUUGUGCUAGAGCAAAAGGAAUCAGAGGUUUUGUGCAGCAGCCGCCAAUUGAAACAAACCAGACGAGCUGCAGUGUAAUUCAGGUACAGUGCAGCUAUUUUAUUUGCAUUAAACUUUUUACACUGCAGAUCACUGCGGUGUCAGGGAGUGUCUGUGCAGGAGGCCAGGAGUACAGAGCAGGGGUGGGCUGGGAAUGAUCUCUAGCCCCUAAAGCUUUUAUUCAAGGUGUGUUUUUCUGUAGCCAUUGCUUGUCAUUGUUUGGGCUUACCAUAAUGGGUGGCAGGUUUGGGAAGUUCCAUUCAAGGAGCAGCGUGUGGAGCAGAGUGGUCACAGCACUGCUGACACAGGGAGCUUUUUUCUCCAGCUGCUUGUUGUAAGGAGGGUAAGUUUAACUUCAGGACUGUGGCAUUAAGGAACUGCUCUGGGGGAGCAGCCUCAUCUCAUAGGUGGCCAUAGGAACCAGGACCACAGCCUGCCUGAGGCACGUGAGGCUCUUUGCUCACCCAGUCCCACCUGGGCCACCUGUUCUCUUGGCUGCUAGGGGCUCUUAUAGGACAAGUGCUGCGUGUUACUCAUGGGGCGUGCUGCUGAGGGAGGCACUGUGAAGGUGUUAGAAAUAUUCCUUCAAAGGUACAGAGCUUUAUGCAGAUGAUUAAUUCUCUGUGAAAAAGAACAGUAGCACCUUGUUACUUUCUGCUUUGGAAGGGAGCAGAAGGGAGCUUCGUGUCUGAGGAGGUGUUUUUAAAUAUGUAAUUAUGUUGGAUAAUAAAUAUUACUGCACUGCUUUG